AUGGCCCCCGAAAGAUCGGGACAAGAGUUGAUUCCAAGCAAUACAAUUGUAAAGGAAGAAGAAGUUGUUGGUCCUCCGAAACACUCUUCUCUUCUUGGAGAUUUCCUCGAAAUUAAAAUCAAAGAAGAAUUGUUGGAGUACAAAGACGGGGAUAUUGAAAACGGUUACAAGAUCAAAUUAAAGAGAGAAGAAGAUCAAGAUCUUACUUCGCUUUCCUGGCUACAAAACAACAAUCUGUUGAAAAGUAAGCCAUUGACAUUAACAGGAGAUCCGAUUAAAAAGGACCACGAAGAAUCUCCGACGAGUGAUUUAGCAGAAGAAACGGGAAGCGAUUCAUCCACUCAUUCGAGUCGUCAUAGCCCGUUUAUCCCAGUUGAAUUAUCCUCUUCGGUUAGUCUAAUGGAGGACUCUCGUAGCGUGGAAAAAGUUCAAUACGGGAAUGGUCCAAAAUAUUACACAAAUUCACAUAAUACACCGAUGAAAGAUAAACAUCAUUAUAGCGUACCUUACGAUCCUCAGUUGCAUGUAAAUUCAAAGCCGCCAUAUUCGUUUUCAUGUCUUAUUUUUAUGGCGAUUGAAGAUUCACAUGCGAGAGCUCUUCCCGUGAAAGAAAUUUAUUCGUGGAUCACGGAUCAUUUUCCGUAUUUCAUAAAAGCUCCCACGGGAUGGAAAAAUUCAGUUAGACAUAAUUUAAGUCUUAAUAAAUGUUUUAAAAAAGUAGACAAAGCUCCGAAUUUGGGUAAGGGAUCCCUGUGGAUAGUCGAUCCGCAGUAUAGGCCCAAUUUACUCAACGCGCUUUCCAAAGCUCCGUAUCAUCCUUGCGCAUCUUUGGAUAAACCCGCGAAACCUCCGACAUUACCACCCUCGAAUUUGACGGUACAACAUCAAGAAUUCAUAGCUAUGAAAACGCAAAAUCGACUUCCAAAUCCUGAACUAUUUCCGUAUUUAAGUAGACGAUUAGCAGCUUCCGAAGCGGAUAGAAUUAACGAAGCAGAAGAAAGCGAAGAAGAUUCUUUAGACGAUGUGGAUGCGGCGACGGCCAUGCUCGAACUCAAACACGGUCAAGCGACAAACGGAAGUCACGUGGAUAUUUACACGUCGGAUUACGUUCAACAAAAAUAUUUGAGAAGGAAACCUACGAAAUUGCGAGAGGACGAAUUAAUUCCAAUAAUAUCGACGUCGCCGAGCGAGGAUCACACAUAUUCUGUCGAACACACUUCAAUCAAUUACAAAGAAAGUCAACCCCCCGUGUCACCGGACGAAGCUUACGAUUCAAAUGAUGACAAUUCGAGACAAUAUAUCGAAGAUUACAAAAAGAAAAGAAAGUUGAUGGACGCGGAAGAGGAUAGUUGGUCGUCGGACGGUGCGGAACAGAGAAACGUCGCAUCUGCUCUUUUGCACUUGGCCGGCGGAAGUAGAAAAAGAAGUUCUGAUUCAGCGUACAACAACAACAACAACAACAACAACAGAAGCAGCAAUAUCAAUCCAUCAUCUGCUAAAAAGUCAAAUUUUCAAAAAGGUACGUUCAGAAAUUCUACUACUUUUUUCGUAGCGUAA